CAUAUAGCAAAAAGAAUGAAUUGUUUGCCAUGCCUUAGAAAGAAUUCAGAAGAAAAUAAAUCAGAUGAAAAGAAGGAUGAUAAGAAGGAAGAAGAGGAAGAGGAGUUGCCACAGGAUGUACCUGUGGCACAACCUAAAGAAGAUCCCCUUUCGAAACAACCUUCUGUAAAAAAUGCCGCUUCACUUAAAAAUGUUAAGUCAGUGAAAAAUGUCAAAUCAGUGAAAACUGCUGAUUCAAAGAAAAAAGAUAAAGAUAGUGACAAUGAAGGUGAUGGUGGUAGUGACGCAGCUGCUCCUGCUUCUGUUCCUGUUGCAGUUUCCAAUGCCGCUACCGCUACAACAACUACUACUACUGCAGUAGAUGAACCUCCAACAGGCUCAUCCCGUACAUUCAAAUUCCGUGAUUUGGCCUCAGCCACCAAAAAUUUCAAGCGAGAAUGUUUAUUAGGUGAAAGUGGUUUUGGAAGGGUUUAUAAAGGAACUCUAGACGACGGCAAGGUUGUGGCUGUGAAAAAACUAGACAAAAUUGGAACAAAAGCAAAUAAGGAGUUCAUAGAAGAAGUGAUGAAAUUGAGUGAUCUUCAUCAUCCAAAUCUUGUUGAACUUAUCGGAUAUUGUGCUGAUGGUGAUCAAAGACUCUUGGUAUACGAACAUAUGCCGAUGGGUUCAGUUAAAGAUCAUUUACAUGAUCUUCCUUCGGGCAAGAAACCAUUAGACUGGAUCACAAGGAUGAAAGCUGCAGCAGGAGCUGCACAAGCUAUGGAGUACUUACAUGAGAAGGUUAAACCACCAAUUCUAUGUCGCAAUGUGAAGUCAACAAAUAUUUUGUUGGACGAAAACUUUGAACCGAAGGUCACAGAUUACGGGCUUGUCAACCUAGAAAGUUCUUCUGGUAGUAGUGUGCAGCAAAGGGUGGUCGGAACUGUUGGUUGUGCUCCAGAAUAUGAGUAUACCGGUGAACUCACCCUCAAAUCUGACGUUUAUAGCUUUGGAGUUAUUCUUUUAGAACUUAUCACCGGUAGAAAAGCAAUGGAUACUUCCCGCCCCAAAAACGAGCAAAAUCUUGUGUCUUGGGCACAACCAUAUUUUAAAGAUCCAAAGAGAUUUCAAGAAUUAGCUGACCCUAUAUUCAAAGGAGUAAUUCCAGAAAAGAAUUUAAAUCAAGCGGUUGGGGUGGCAGCAAUGUGCCUACAAGAGGAGUCAGGUGUUCGUCCAUUGAUAUCCGACAUUGUAGGAGCUCUUAACUUCCUUACUAUAGCUCCACCCGAAGGACUUACGCCAUCACCAGCACCUGCUGAGCCAAUCAGUGGUCCACCUAAGCAAUACUCAUCAUUGUCAUCGUCAUCCUCAUCAUCAGACUCUGACUCUGACGGAGACCUAGGUAUAACGAUAGAGCCAUUUACCCUGCCUGGAAUGCCCGAGCCUAUGGAUGAUCCUGAGCAUAAGCCCGAGUCUGAGUCAGAGCCCGAGCCAGAACUGGAGGAUGAGUGGGAGCAGGAGCAUGAGUCGGAGUCAGAUCCAGAGACCGAUCCUGAACCUGAGCCUGAACCAGAACCAGAACCAGAACCCGAGCCUGAGCCAGAACCUGAUUUUACAGACUCAGAUUUGAGUUCAGACUCAGACUCGGGUCCAGAACCAGUGUACAAGCCCGAACCAGUAGCUGAGCCACAAGUAUUAUCUAGUCAUGAUGUUCAACCUGAUUCAGACAGUGAUUCCAACAGUUCCUCAGGAAGCAUAUAUGAGGAAGAUGAUUACAGUGAAGAGGAAUUCUCAGAUGAAGAGAAACCGAGCACAUCAAUUCUCAUAAACUCUAAAUCAAAAGCAAGAAUGAGAGUGAAAUCAAGCAAAAAGAGGGUCAUGUUCAAAACUGAAGGAACCGACUCGAUUAAGCCUGUCAAGAAAAGCACUAAAAAAUCUAGUCCGGGAUAUAACAAGCCACCAUUACAUAGCAACACCAAAAACAUGCGUAAAUCUAAUUCAAGGGGAGAUGAUAACAGCGAUAUAGAGUUAACAGACGAAAGUGACGAUGAAAUUGGGCCUCAAAGAUUUAAAAGUACAAUUUCAAGGUUCAAUACAAAGUCAAGAACUUACAGUACAUACCAGGAUGAGAGUGCCCAUGAUUCAAGUUCGGAGAGCGAAGAAUACUGAAGUAAAAUUUGCAGCCUAUUUUUAUUCAAAGCUUU